AGAUUGUUCCAAAGGGGAGAAAGAGCAUCUGGGAAACCCCCAGUUGCGGGUUUGUUUCAACGUGGCCUAGCCAAUCAUCAUCCAGUAACUUUAGUUGAUGAAUUCGUUAGGUACUGCUAGUGUACAUCAGGCAGGAACCCUGUUCGGAUUUCGCUUUUGUUCCCUGUUGUUUUCUGCUUCCCCCUUGUCUUUCGCCGUGGCCUCCACGAGAGGUUUUUCUUCUCCCCUGCUAGAUAAAUAACUCCCCUUACAUUCUUUUCAGCUCGAUAACUUCUGCUCUCUCUCUCUCUCUCUCUCUCUCCAGCUUCUCCCCGAAAUCAUAUAUCGUUCAUUAUUUUCCAGGAGCAGUGCUCACUGUAUACAUUCCUUCCCGAUACAGCUGCUUCGUAACACUCAUUCUUGAAGGAAGAGAUUCAGAACCAGCCAGUACUACCCAAUCAUUACCUACGAAAUUCACAACAAUACGAGUAUAAGAAGUUCUUUGUCGAGCAAACUUGAUAAAACUUUGAAGAUAUAUUCUUCCGGCUGGAUCCCCUGAUUUACAUCGCACAUAUCACAGUAGCCAACAUCGUCCAAUAUGAAGUCUACAACCAUCGCCGCUGCCAUUCUGGCCUCAGUUGCUGUUGCACAGCCUCAUGGCCACAUCCGUCACCACCAUGACAAGCGAGAACUAGUUACCGAGUGGGAGACCGUCUGGGAAACCGCUACCGUCAUAAUUGAUGACGAUUCAACUCAGACAAUUCCUCCCUCGCCUCAGGAGACAAGCUCGGAUACUCCCAUCCAGUUCUUUGAGACGCCUUCCACUAGCUCUAGCAGUGCUGUCGAGACCCCCAAGGUCGAGACCUCUAAAGUUGAGAGCCCCAAGGUUGAACCCUCGACACCAACUACUAUCAUCAGCAUUGCCCAAUCUACCUACCAGGCACCGUCUCCCCCAGCCCCUACAAGCACGUAUGAGGCAGCUCCUUCUCAGCAGACAACAGAAACUCCCGCUGCACCCUCAACUAGUACGUACGUUGCUGCGCCUCCUUCUCAGCAGACAACGGAAACUCCCGCUGCACCCUCAACCAGUACGUACGUCGCUGCGCCUCCGGCAUCUUCAAGCAGCUCCGGUGGUAGCUCCGGUGGCAGCACAGGCAGCGACGGAAUUCCGUACGGCAAGAAGUUUGACGGCGAAAUUACGUAUUAUAAUGCUGCUUUAGGCGCCUGUGGCUACGAAGACGAGGGAAAGGAUGACACUGAAAACAUUGUCGCUAUCCCCAAACAGUUUUGGGACAACAUCAGCACGGCGACUAGCUACGGUAUCAACCAGCCGGCGCACCCGCUCUGUGACAAGACCAUCACAAUCACUACCUCCGACGGCAAGACAACCAAGGCUACGAUUCGUGACCGCUGCGCUGGCUGUGUUGACCUUGCCAUUGAUGUCACCCCCCACACAUUCCUCGACCUAUUCGACUCCCUGGACGGUGGUCGUCUUGACUGUACCUGGACUAUUGACGAGUAAAUAUGGAACACUCGUUUACGCAUUUCCCGGUCCUUGUUUGCUACGCCCGGGGACAUACCAGGUAUCAGCCAAAUCUGCUUUUCUGUUUGGGUUCUUCGCGCAGCGAAGAGCUCGGGGAUAUGUUCCUUGACGACGAACGGGCACUAAAAGGCCUUGAUGAUAUUCUUUUCUGAGAUUGUGGCGUCUUUUUCGACGCUGUUGACAAUUAUACCAAGGGGGAAAGGCUUUGGGCGCUUGUUACGGCACAACCAGGAUCGGUUGGCAGGUGUCAGCAAUACCUUGAGGAGUUAUACCAAUUUUGGUACCUUCUUUUUUUUUUUAAGUUCCGAUCCAUCUUAAGGACGGAAGCUUGGGAUCGGAUAUAGACUUUGAUUCUUCUGUACAUAUUUACAGAUUUGGGUAGAAAUGAUCUGAUAUGGUCAGGAACGGAAAAGGAUUUACCAAUCUAAACUUUAGUUCUACGUCCUCUUCCAGUGUGAAGUAUCUUGAGAUACAUGUCAUGACAAGUACGCACAUUUGUGGAUUUCCCCAUUUACGAUCAAAGCUUGGGCUUGUGAUCGGUAAGGCCUCCACGAUGAUGCGUACAAUAGUACCGAGUCGCUGGGUCGUGCCAAGUAUUUACUCAGUGGGGAGACUUUGUAUCUUGUUUACCUACGAUUAUAGAUGUACCCAC